AUGGCGUGCAGCUGCCUGCUCCUGAUGAUGCUCCGCGCCCCUCUGGCUCAGGCCGCCAGAGACGUGCCUAGUAUUAGCAGGGCGCCGGCAACUAAGACGGCCACCAUGGAGGCCAGUGAUAACGUCGGCCAGAGCAACAGCGCUGCUGCCGUCAACGACCAGAAGACCUUCCUGGGCAGCGGCCUGGGAGGAGGGUACGGCGCUGGCGUCGGAGGCUUCGCUGGCGCCGGCGGCGUCGGCGGCAUGGGCGGAGCGGUCGGUGGCAUCGGCGGCGCGCUCGGAGGCGUUGGUGGACUCGGAGGCGUCGGGCCCGGGGGACUCGGAGGUGUCGGCGGCGGCGGACUCGGAGGCCUUGGGCCGCUUGGUGGAGGUGGCAGCGGUCUAGGAGGGCUCGAUGAUGCAUGA